AUGCCAUCAACCAAAUCCAACAUGCCGUAUGGCUACUACGAAAGGAAAUAUAAAAGACAAUUGGCAGAUGCAAUCCGCAUUUCCUUUGACGAUUUACCGACUUCCACGUUCUAUCGUAGUGGAUCAAUAGUUAGAGGAACCGUGAAAUUGAAGAAGGAUGUAUUUUUCUACUCCACAAGCCUCUCGAUUAACUUGAUCUGCGACGCUACGGUUGAGCGGGACUACCCUGACAAGGCCCGACAUCGUCUGCUUAACUUGGACAUGCAGAUUGCUAGAAGUACUUUCCCGGAUACGAAGAUUGAGACCUGGGAUGUGCUCUUUCCAGGGUCGUAUCCGACUUACACCAUUCCGUUCUCAUUUGCACUUCAGCGUCACGAAGGCUGCUCCCAUGAUGUCAACAACGAACAAAUUCCAAUGCUCCAUUUAUGCCUCCCGCCUACAAUGACUGGUCUGGGGAAAGACGCUAGGCGAGCAAUGAUCCCAGAGGGCGUUCGAAUCGACUAUACCGUCAUUGCGAUGCUCCGGUGGCAUUAUAAGGUAGAAAGGAUGACUGAACAAGAAAUCAACUUUCUACCGCGUUUCAUUGAACAGCCACUGCUGAAGGUGCAGGAUAUGGGUGACAUCUUCAAAAUGAAGACGACUCAACAACUUAAAUCAGAGUUCUUUUCGAAAAGCACAGGACAUAUCACUUUGUCUACAGACCCGCCUACAACUCUAACCCUCCCAAUUGGUGGCGCAAGUCUCCCACCGAUCGACAUCAAUGCGCUCCUUCAUCUGGAAUUCUCAAAGGGCAAACCUAUUCUCCCUCAAAGUUGUAUCUUGUCUGCCAAGCUCGAGCCACAAACAUGGUCGCAACUGGUACCCAUGCAGCAGCUUCCAGAGAUCCAAGGGAUCCAGGAGACCAAGAACUGCCGCAGUGUAUCUGAAGUUCUGGCAAGAAACACGGAGAUGAAACUAGUCUGGGAAGUGGAUGGGCCUGAAGAGACAAAGACUGCCACAUCGCCAAGUGCAAAAUCCUUCACGGCUCAAAUCAAGACUUUGCUUCCAACCUUCUCGAAACCUGAAAGGAGUUUUCUGCCAACGUUUUAUUCUUGCCUCAUCGCACGAACGUAUCUUCUACAUGUCACGAUUAUCAUUGCAUCAGUACCCCUGAGAUUGGUUCUUCCCCUGCAGUUAUCUGUCGAGGAUGAGGAACCAGCCGGGCAAGGUGAAAGUUCCGGUAUCGAAGCUUCUGGAUCUGAUGCUCUCUAUAGUCCUCUCUUCCCAAGGCUGGGAGUUUCUACUUAG